UUUUCCUUCUUCUUUAAUACAAGGUUGCAAUCCAGUAGCAAUGAUGAUCAUCUUGGGCGACUCGCUGCAUAACUUCGGUGACGGUUUAGCCAUAGGGGCGGCUUUCUCACUGAGCAUCGCUGCCGGACUCUCAACUAGUAUAGCUGUCCUCUGCCACGAGAUCCCGCACGAACUAGGUGAUCUGGCCGUCCUCAUAAAGCAGGGCAUACGACUCCGAACGGCACUCCUGAUGAAUAUGAUGUGCGCCUGUUCGGCAUUCCUCGGCUUGUGGGUCGGGAUCCCGCUCGGACAGACCGAGACCGUUCGGGAAUGGAUCUUCGCUGCUGUUGCUGGCAUGUUCCUCUACGUUGGACUCGUUGACAUGCUUCCGAUGUUACACCAAUACGACGGGAAAAGCAACAAGGUCACCGUGGCGAUUCUACAGAACAUUGGAUUCUUGGCGGGAAUCGGGAUUAUUCUGGUAAUAGCGCUGUAUGAGGACGCUAUCAAAUUAUCCUUAUAGAGGAACGUGAGCCAUAAGGAGGGGGGGGGGGGGUGUUAGCGUGGAGAGAUACAAAUAAGACAGAUAACAUAAUGUAUGUGACAGAGGGAGAGAGAGAGAGAGAGA